AAUAAUGGCAGACGACAAAACAGGAUUAUUAAAAGGGAAACCAAAUGAUGUUGAGGGAAUAUAUUAUGAACAGUCGCCCGCCUCGAAAUGCCUGCAGGUCUGUUUUGUGGCUUUGGUUGUUAUAAUGGUCGCAAUAAGCAUUAUUCUCAGCGUCGUCCGAGGAAUUGAGCUAGGAGCUUAUGGCGGGGGGCAUCUAAUGCUGGGCAUAAGUCUUAUUGGCUUUGUUGUGGUAGAAAUAUGCAUGAUUGUUUUCAUUCGAAAAGGUGAUUUACCCAAGGAGAAGACCUGGUUUCUUUACUUUGUCGGUGGAUGCGUAAUAAUGGAAGCUAUUUUUACAGAUAUUUUGCUUUUCCAGUAAUCUUGGAUUUAUUUUGAUAAUUUUUCACAGUAAAUCUUGGAAUUAUUUUGAUAAUUUUUCACAGACUUAGUGCAAUGUCUUAUUUAUCAAAUUAUAUAUUGUGUGUGUGUGUGUGUGUGUGUGUAGUUUGUAAUAUUCCGAUCAAGAUCUUACGUCUGUGACUCUUAUAUUAGCUUGUCUAUAUUAAAGAUAAUCUCAAUUUAUGGUUGAAAAAUGUAAGGGAAAUUACCACAUAAUUCUCAUUAUGUAUGCGUUUGAUUAUACAGUGUAAUAAAAUGUACUUCUAUGUUCUCGCAUAACUGUAAUGUACUUUCAUGUAAAUCUAUACUUUCGAUAACAAGAAAAGAUGCCUUACUUUUUAAUAUAACAUGAUUUUUUGUUGUUGGAAUAAACCUGUUAGAAUUGUUUAUGAA